AUGGGUUAUCCCGUGGAGGAGUCGGCUGCGGAGCUGCGCGCUUUGCAUCCAAACGUGAAAACGCUGGUCGACACGAGCAGAGAUGCUGUCACAGUCUUGUGGUCGGCUCACAUCAAGGUGACUAUCUUUGACCGCGGCCUAGCAUAUGCCGGUGGAAUCGACUUUGCUGGUUCACGUUUGGACUCGGCCAGGCACAAGCUGCCUGACGAGGCAAGAACUCCAUUCCCGGGCAACUUGAAGGACGGACAGCACGGAUAUUUUAAGCCUUGGGAGGACGUGAUGGUCAAGCUCACCGGUGAGGCGGCCGAAGACUUGGCGGCGGUGGCCGUAGAACGCUGGUGGACGUGGUGCGAGCAAUUUACGUUCUUUUCGUUCACCGGAAAAAAAGAAGGGUGCAAGAGUGAGCAGAUGCCGCCAUUGACAUCCUUGGGAAGUCUGUCGGUAAAGCUGCUCUCCAAGGCAGAAGGCACCGAGCAGGUCGUGUUGGAGACAGACGGGGCCUACAAAGAACAGCCAGUUGAAACCAUGACCGCGAUAGGUCAGGCUGCGGUGUUGGAUCUUGGCGCCCGCCGCGACCUGUCCAAGCGGGCCGUGCUGAAGGUCCAGGUCGUCACAAACAAAGGUCACCUUUUCACCCAGCCCCCAGCAGAGACAAGCACGACUCCUUUUCAAGGAGAUCUUUGUACCGUGGUCACUGGAGGGAGGAAAAGAGGGAGCAAACUACAGGAACUCGUCUCCAAAGGCUGCACCUGCGAGGGAAAUGCAACGGUCGCCGGCAAGGAUCCUGGCUGUAAGACUGAAGAGAUGAUGAAGCAGUAUGAAGCCGAAGAGCUGCUGGGCUUGGGUUGCUUCUGUCAAGACUACUCCAAGACUUUCGCAGUAGUCGACCUCCGCUCGGAUUCUCCAAAGGAGGUGACCGUGGCAGGAGCCAGGUUGCAGAUCCAGCACUCCAAGAAAGCUGUUGCCUUGGCCGCUUCUGCGCAGAACCAAUGCCGCAUGCUGCUUCAAGGAAGCAACAUGUGGCUUGGAGCACAACAGGUGGUUGCUGACAUAUUUCAGGAGCAUCGACAGAUGAUUCGCAGAGCAGAACGUAGUGUUUACAUCGAGAACCAGUACUUCGGGAGCCAUUUGAGCAGCAAAGAAGCGGCGUCUGGGCGAUGUUCGGAGUUGGCCAACUCUGCCAAGAACGACCUGGCAGACCUGCUCUUCCAGAAGAUCACCACGAAGGCGCAGUAUGGCGAGAAGUUCUCCGCCGUCAUCAUCAUUCCGCUAGCAACAGAAGAGUCUGAGACCCAGUACCCCAACUUGCGGACUGCGCAGUGCCUCGUCGAGGCGGGCUUCGUCUGUAGGCCAUUGUCGGAGUAUUUCGGCAUGUACGUCCUUGCCAAUGCCAAGACUGUGGACCAAUCAUCUUCGGCUUUCUACGGGGUUUUCGUGCAUUCGAAGCUCAUUGCCAUCGACUACGAUACUGAAGGUGCCGAAGCCAUCGUCGGUAGUGCCAACCUGAACGACCGCUCCCUGCUUGGGGAUCGCGACGCCGAGGUGAGCGUGGCCGUGAAGGGCCCCUUCGUCAAGGCCAAAGCCGAGAGCGGGAUUGACGCUCACACAGAUUCUUCGACCUCUUUGCCAAAUUUGGCCAACUCAGCCGAUCUGCAAACGACUCUAUCGGUCGCAGCCGAAAGAAACGCUGAGAGACUCAAGCAGAUCGGCAUCGACUGGAGCCAGGGCACUCACCGACACCUGACUUUCCCCAAGAAGCUGCUGGAUCAACACCCGCAGCCGCGCGAGGUUCAUCAGCUGCCGGAGCUUGAUGUCUCCGAGGCCUUCAUGGUCGGCGCCGGAGUCCACUGGAAGAUUCUUUCUGGACAGAUGGAGAAGGGACUGAAGGGGCACCUGCUUCCCUGGAACACGUUCCUCUGGGGCGAUGCAGGUAUCUACUUGUCCUGGAAGCAUUAUCAUCCGACGGGCGCCUGGCUGCAGCUGUCCUGA